AUGGACGCUUACAAUGAUCGUGAUGGGGCUUUUUGGGCCCCCGGAACCGUUGCCCUCGAAGAAAUUCAAUCUAGAAACAGCCUCGUCUUGUUUCCGACCCCUUCGUCAGACCCCAAUGAUCCCCUGAACUGGUCAAAGGCUCGGAAAGCCCUCAACUUUACGCUGGUUAGCUUUUUUGUUCUAUGGACUUUCGUUCAGUUGGAUAUCGGCUUCACAGCAUGGGGUCCCAUGGAGACAGAGCUCGGGUUUUCGGUUGAUAUUCUCAAUGCAGGUGCAGCCGUCAACUACGGUGGUCUCGCCGUGGGCUGUAUCUUCUUCAUGCCCCUGGUUCAUAAGUAUGGCCGACGCCCGAUCUACAUAUUCAGCAUCGCUCUUCAAUUCGCAUCAUGCAUCUGGCAGGCCCAAACAUACAGCGUUGGGGACUUUAUUGGCAGCGGACUGAUUUCAGGUAUCGGAGGUGCGAUCAGUGAGAUUGUAGUGCAAGUUACCAUUGCGGACAUGUUUUUUGUUCAUCAGCAUGCCACGAUGAAUGGAUGGUAUGUGAUUGUGCAGUCUGCAGGAGCCUUUCUGGGACCUGUGGCAUCGGGCUAUAUCGUUGUGUCACAGGGAUGGCGAUGGAUGUGGUGGUGGUGUGUUAUCUUCUUUGGAAUAACACUUGUUUGUGUGAUUCUCCUGUUUGAGGAAUCGAAGUACAUACCUGUUUUGAAUGGACGGAAUGUCAUUGCGGAGCCACAGGGGACCGACAAGUCGUCUCGGUUCAACAAAGAUGGCAAUUCGAUGAAGAAGACGGCCGUCAACGGAUUUGAAAAAGCGAACAGGGUUUCGACUAACCCGGAAAUCAGACCAAAGACAUACUUCCAGCGAAUGGCAUGGAUCACUCCGACUGACGAUGCCCUGUGGCCUCAUUUCUACCAGCCCAUCGAGGCCCUCUUUACUUUCCCUGCGGUUUCAUAUGCGGCCAUUACAUACGGGACUACUCUUUGUUGGUUCGCAAUUAUGACUUCUCUACAGGCAUCCUACAUGCUAUUACCGCCCGUACAACUUUGA